AUGGCUCUGGUCGCCAACAUUGAAAAUGCUUUCUUGCAAAUCAGCUUAGCUGAACGGGAUCGUGACGCGUUGCGGUUUCUGUGGUACGUGACAACACCGAAGAUAGGACAACCUCUUUCCGCGACCGAAGUUCUAAGGAUGACUCGGGAGCCAUUCGGGGCGGCUUGUAGCCCAUUUCUUCUCGCCGCAACCAUACGCUAUCACUUCCGGAUGAUAUCUGAUAAGUACCCGGACACCUGCAGGCUCCUGUCCGAGAGUUUUUACGUCGACGAUUUGGCAACCAGUGUCAGCACAGUUCAAGAGGCGAAACGUCUUUGGAAAGAAUCGGUUGACAUUCUUGAAGACUGCGGCAUGCGACUUCGGAAAUGGAGAACAAAUGAUGAACUGUUACGUGGAAUGUUUCGGGACCUAUAUAACGGUGACGACUCUAUCCGACAGACCGAGACAAAGGUACUGGGUCCUAUUUGGGACACUGACUCAGACGCUCUACGGAUAUCUUUAAAAUCCGUGCUGGAAUUCUUACACACCGCGCAUGAUACCAAACGAACAGUACUUGAGGCCACAGUGCGGGUCUUCGAUCCACUCGGAUUUCUAGCACCGUUUGCUAUCACAGCGAAGGUCAUGUUCCAGAGACUUUGGCAGAAGGGAAUACUUUGGGGCGAAGUUCUCCAACCUGACAUACUCGAAGACUGGCACACUUGGUGUCGCGAGCUUCCCAAAGCCAACGAUUUGUGCAUUCCCAGAGGAAUAAAGUACACGGGGCCACCCCGACAUCAAACGCUUCAUGUAUUCUGCGACGCUAGCCCGCAAGCUUACGGAGCCGUCAUCUACGUCAGAUCAAUACAGGAAAGCAGCCUGUGCACAGUUCGUUUAGUCGGUGCAAAGUCUAGAGUUGCUUCUUUGAAGACGGUUUCGCUCCCACGCCCGGAACUGCUGGGGGCAUUAUUGGAAGCACGACUCCUGUACUACAUUACCAAAUGCUUUGGUACAAACCUGUCGACUACAUUGUGGACGGAUUCAACGAUUCUCAUCAACUGGAUCAAAGGUGACACGAAUCGGUACAAGCCAUUUGUUGCCACCAGGACCACAGAGAUACAGAACCGCACGAACCCAUCGGACUGGCGACACUGCCCUGGUAAAGAAAAUCCGGCCGAUCUCCUGACACGGGGAAUUUCGAUUGACUCGCUCCAAAAUCGAGCCGAUUGGUGGGAAGGGCCGCUGUGGCUGCAUGAGGACGAGGCUUACUGGCCUCGACACAUGGAAUUGAUAGGAUUCCAAGACGAGGAAGUUAACGCAACUGUCGUGCUGUCAGCUCCAUCAGUAUCAACCUGUCCCGUUCUGGAACUGGCAAUCUUCUCUUCCCUGAACAAGGUUAUCCGGACUACAGCAUUGAUUUAUAGAUUUUUCUCCAACUCGAGUCAAGGGGAAAACAAAAUAGCGGGCCCUCUCACAGCAUCGGAAAUUGAGCAAGCAGAAAAGUACUGGAUACGACAAGUACAAGCGGAAUCGUUCCACGAUGAACUUCGAGCAAUUUCUUCAUCACAACCAGUCAAACCAACUUCAAAGCUGAGAGAUUUUCACUUGUUUUUGGAUGAAGCUGGGCUUCUGCGUCUUAAAGGACAACUGCAACGCAGCGAAGAAAAUGAAGAAGGAGUCAAAAUGGAUCCUCCAAGGCCGACAAGCAGUGAAGAGGGCGUUGCACAACUAUCAGUGGUGCAAACGACAGCGUGCACGACCAGUAGUCCAAGCGACAGCUCCACUCCCACCGGAGAGAAUAACCAGAUCGCAUCCAUUCGAGCAAUGUCGUACAUAUCGGACGACAAGCACCGGAGCCAAAGUCAGUACCAACCCACGAAGCAGCUCAACCCACACCUCGUUCCUCAAAGGGCGUCGAAUCAUCGCCAAGCCCAAAGCAAGACUCCCCCCCUCAGAAAACAGAGGCCCGCCAACGCCCGGGUAUCAUCUCGAAGCUCUGGCCAGCUUCGCAACUUUCGUCAAGCUGGCGUUCAUGAUCAUGACUGUGAGGGAGCUCGUGGGAUGUACAUGGAUUCCAGCAGGCAUACGAUUGUUCCUGACCACGCUCCUCCUCUUGGAACAGCCACUGACAGCCAUAUCUACGACGUAUAA